AUGGAUAACUUCCUACUCAACACCGUCCUCCUUGAAGCACUGAAAUCCAACCAAAAUCGCGAAUCUCGUUUGCCCCCCUUCAGAAAUAAAAAGCAUACAGGCCGGUAUCGGCGAACAACUUCAAUGGCUCGACCAAUCAGCCCCGAAACCACUUGUGAUUGGUGA